AUGGAGGACCAAAAUACUACAAAUGAAAGCAUUUCAAAUUUGCACAUGGAAAACUACUUCCCCAAAGAUAUUUUUUCCAACCUAGAUAAUCAAAAAAACUUAAAAACAUAUCAUUCAAAGACGUUUGAGAAAUAUUUCGAGUCUGCUGCCAAAGAUAAUGUUGAAAGGUGUCGUACAUCUGCUGUCAAAGAAUGGCUGAAUAGAAAUCUUCCUAGUGAAUAUAAUGAAAGGCACAAGCCCACACUUAAACUAAACCUGAGCCCCAACCACUUAAACUCAACUUACAACAAACAAAUUUCCGAUUACACAAGGAAUGCCUAUAAUCGCAUAGAACAGUUGAAGAAGCUUCAAGAAGCUUACUCUCUGUUAAGACAGAAACUACAAGAGAAACGCAGGGCCUCUUGUCAUAAGGAGGUCUCUGAGGCAGAGGCUUCAGUUCUUAAUACUCAAAGAUUGAUAAUUAGCUUAAAGAGAGAAGACAAAGAUAAAAUCGCCACAGAGUUACUUAUACAAAAUGCAGAAGAGUUAGGUAUACCAUCCAAAGAUUUGGAAACUCUAAACGGCUACACAUUUAAUGAGGCUCUCAAAACUAUAAUCGAUAUAAUUUCUAACAUGAUAAACAACAAAUUUAUGACAAAUUUGAAAGAUAGGUGUGAAUCAGCUAGGCGUAAGGCAGGAUCUGAAUAUCGCGAUGAAAUGGAAAGGAUAAAAGUCGAUUUGGACAUGUACAAAACAAAGUCUGAAAAACUCGAAUCCACAAUAUCUACAUUGAAUUCUUAUGCAGAUUCUAGCAAACAAAAUGCUGAAAAGGUCAUGGAAUUGCAGCAUUCGCUAGAAGAUUCCAAUAGACAAAUUAAUCAGCUAAAAGAUUCACUGUACAAUAUGGCCAAAGUUAAUGAGGAGUUGGAAAAAAACGAAGUUAAGCUAGAGGAAAGUUUGGUAGAGUUGGAGAGGUAUAAGUUGGAAUCUCAAAAGCUUGAGUCAGUCAUUAAAGAUUUAGAGCUUUUGAACCAACAAAAACAUGAUAAUGAAGAACUCAUUAAAAUGCUGCAUGAUGAGCUAGAUCAGUGUAAGUCUAAGUCACUGCAAUUGAAUAAAAAGAUUGAAGAUCUUGAAAAUUCAAACAAGGAAAACCUAAUACCCUUGAACAAUGAAUUGGCCCAGGCUUAUCAGAAACUAUCCGAAUUGGAGCAUUCAUAUGAACAGAUUGAACACCAGAAGAAUGAAGCAGAUAAAAAACUUGAAUCUUCAAUUGAUGAGAUUGAGAAACAGAAACAACACUCCGAAGAAUUGGAGCAAUCCAUCACUAAAUUGAAACAAACAAUUGAAGAAAUGGAAAAGGAAACCACGGACCAAGUAAAUGAUCUGCAAACGUGCCUAAUAGAUGCGAAUUGUAAAAUCGAAUCGCUAGAGGGAACGAUUUCUCAGUUGAAACAGCUAAACUUAGAGUUGGAAGGGGGAGAACAUAGGAUACAGGAAUUACAAUCCAAGCUUACCGAAUCAAAUUCCACAAUUGAAAAACUUGAAAAGACGAUCACAGAAUUGGAAAAUGUGUCUAGUAAAUAUAUCGACUACGAUGAGAAGAUGGAUAAUUUGCAAAAGCAGCUGAAAGAAUACACUGAAAAGAUCACAGUGCUGGAAAACAACGCCUCUGAAUUCAACUAUAAAGACCAAGCUGAAACGUUGAAGACGGAACUGGAUAAGUCGCAACUAAAGAUAAUGGAACUGGAGACUAUGAUUAAGGAGAACAGCGAAAAAACGGAAAGAGUGCCAUCUCCCAGAAAGGACAACGAGGAGGUUGAUAGAUUAACUUCGGAAAUAUUACAGUUGAAGAAUCAGGUGGACAUUCUGCAAAAUGAAAAGACUGACCUUGAACAAAAAUUAUCACAACAAUCUCCCAGAAAGGACAACGAGGAGGUUGAUAGAUUAACUUCGGAAAUAUUACAGUUGAAGAAUCAGGUGGACAUUCUGCAAAAUGAAAAGACUGACCUUGAACAAAAAUUAUCACAACAAUCUCCCAGAAAGGACAACGAGGAAGUUGAUAGAUUAACUUCGGAAAUAUUACAGUUGAAGAAUCAGGUGGACAUUCUGCAAAAUGAAAAGACUGACCUUGAACAAAAAUUAUCACAACAAUCUCCCAGAAAGGACAACGAGGAAGUUGAUAGAUUAACUUCGGAAAUAUUACAGUUGAAGAAUCAGGUGGACAUUCUGCAAAAUGAAAAGACUGACCUUGAACAAAAAUUAUCACAACAAUCUCCCAGAAAGGACAACGAGGAGGUUGAUAGAUUAACUUCGGAAAUAUUACAGUUGAAGAAUCAGGUGGACAUUCUGCAAAAUGAAAAGACUGACCUUGAACAAAAAUUAUCACAAAUUAGUGCGGUUAUUGAAGAAAAUAGACAAUACAAGGAAAAAAUCGAAUUACUCGAGAGAAAAUUGAAUGAAAUAAAUAAAGAGAAACCAAAAGACUCAUUUACAAACGUAGAAGUUAUCAAUGCAGCUUUUGAAGAUGUAAGAUCCCUCCCAAUCAAUUCCUCCAAUGCCUCUGAUUGGACCGCAAUGCCCAGUGAGCUGGAGCUGGAAGAGCAUAAAUUGUACAAAAAAAAAUCUAGUAGAAAGGGGAAAAAGAAAUCAUCAAGGGAGAAGGAGACUAGCAGAAGUGACAUAUCAUCCAGGUCAACUAGCAGGCACUCAAAGAAGGAUAAGCCUACAAUCGUUGACAACAACUCUACUGAUGUAGAAGCAUCAGAUUCAAAUGAACAGAUGAUUAGUGAUCCAGUUGAAUCGAUUACAGACCAGUUGAACUUGGUUAAACAAUCAACAAUACAACUAACUGAGCUGGGGUACGACAGCAUAUCCAACGUUGGGUCGUACUUGUCUGACUACAUAUUUGGCGGUAAUUAA